UGCGCGGACGCAGUAUGCUACCGCCACUAUUUGAAUAACGUAGUGCCAGUGCGAUGAAUACAGCCGUUCGAGACUGGUGUGCGUGUGCAUUGUGAGAAAUACCGCGUACGUUAUAAUUUGUGUAAAUGUAAAAUAAAAAUAAUAGAUUGUUGUUUUUGUGAUGUGAUGACAGAAACGUUGAGAUAUGCGACAAGGAUUUUUUUAAUAACAAUUUUUUAUUACACCGUGAUAUGCGUGUUUAAAGAAAUUAAGCAGUAUUGGACCGAAUCAACGGAAGGUUGGCGCGACACAUCAAUUUAAUAAAAAACAUUUCAAAAUGGCCACAUUUGACAGUAUUAUGAACAACACCAACGACGUAGAUCCAGUAAUGGGACCGAGUGAACUAUCAAAAUUCUCGCCAGGUCUCCUAACGUUUGCUGCUAUAGUGACCGGCUUCAUCAUGAUGAUUGGCCUCUUUGGUAACCUGCUCACUGUGGUCGCUCUUCUCAAAUGUCCAAAAGUGCGGAAUGUUGCCGCGGCCUUUAUUAUCAGUCUUUGCAUAGCGGACUUCCUAUUCUGUGCAAUGGUGUUACCGUUCGCCAUAUCGGGCUUCUGGACUCGAACCUGGUCUCAUGGGGGUGUGCUGUGCAAGCUGGUACCGUUCUUGCGGUACGGAAACGUUGGAGUAUCUCUCCUGAGCAUUGCCCUCAUAACCUUGAAUAGGUACAUAAUGAUAGCCCACCACAGCUGGUACGCCCGGGUCUACCGUAAGCACAACAUUGCACUCAUGAUCGUGUUUUCGUGGAUGUUUUCGUACGGUAUGCAGAUACCGACACUCGUAGGAGUAUGGGGUAAGUUCGAUUACGACCCCGAGUUGGGCACGUGCUCCAUUAUGCCUGAUGAACGAGGGCGUUCAUCAAAGACUGCUCUCUUCGUCAUCGCCUUUAUUGUACCCGCUCUGCUCAUUUUCAUAUGCUACGCAAGGAUAUUCUGGGUGGUGCACAGCUCAGAGCGAAGAAUGCGUGAACAUCAGAGAUCACAGCACACAAGUCCGGGCACACUAAAUAAUAGCACUGCAGACAAGCGAUCCACAAUAAAGGAUAACAGGGAAACAAAGGCGAGACGAAACGAGUGGCGGAUUACGAAAAUGGUUCUAGCCAUCUUCUUGUCCUUCUUAGUAUGUUACCUGCCCAUCACCAUAGCAAAAGUUGCCGACAGUCAUGUACAUUAUCCAAUAUUCCACAUCGCGGGCUACCUGUUGCUGUACGCGAGCGCAUGCGUAAACCCAAUCAUCUACGUGAUCAUGAACGCCCAAUACCGCGCUGCGUACGCCGCGGCGCUCUGCUGCCCCCUCUCCAGAUUGCCAGGUUUCACCAGCGAAAUGGAACGAGCGUCACGGGUACAGCUUCAGCAACACACGCACGGCGCUCAGCCAAGUGUCACUGGGGGAAUCGAGAGCCGACCCACGGGGAGCCCCGGCCCUCGGCGGCAGGUAGGAUCCUCAUCAAACAACAAGAGGUCCAUCGAACCAGUUGGCCCUAAAUCAGGAACAAAGGAAGGACCUAAUUCAUCAACAAAUACCACCGCACAAUACUACGGUCCAAAAACAGGAUCGUUGCGACCUAUUGGGUCAAAAAAAGAAUCUCAGAAUGUCAACCAGUUAUAUAAUGCACCGCUAAAUGGCACUAGAUUAGGGUCACUACAGAAUAUUGGCCACACAAUCACUAGGUACCAAGUUGUGCGCUACGACCAAAAAGGAGACAAACGAAUCUACAUUUAGCGAUUUAUCGUUCGUUGUUACGACACCAAAGAAUUUUAUUAUAAGACUUUUUUACACAAAAUUAUACCUUUAUACUACUUACUUACCUUUUUUUUAUUAUUUAAUAUUAUAUCUCUUAAACUAACUUAAAUAUCCGUCCUACUAACGAGCGAUAAAUAACUAAGCAAUAACUCUAAUUAUGUAAAUAAAUAUUGUUAAGUCUCUAUUUCAUAUGGGCCUUUUGAUUAAAUUAUAGUAAUUUUAAUUUUAAAAAAA